AUUUGUUCUCUCAAAACUUUCAUUUUGUAUCUCUUUAUUACAAGAUAACAAACUUCCGGAACAAUGAACCGAAGGUUGAAUCAUGAACCGGACACGGUCCUUGAGUUAAACAAACCAACUCCAGGGAUGUGGUGGUUUCCUACAAAUCCUGAGCAUCGUUGCAUCUACCGAGUCCCUCAUCGUCUACGUCGUGUAAAUCCAGAGGCAUACACGCCUCAAUUACUCCUCAUUGGACCUCUUCACCAUUCUUUAAAAUGUCAAGCUCUCAACUCUCGUGAAGAUAUCACAAACACAAAGCUAAUGGGCUACUUAAACAUGGAGGAGCAUAAAAAGAUUUACCUCGCGAGAUUCUCGGAAAGGCUUGGAGGGAAAAAAACCAUUGAUGAAUUCAGAAGAAUAAUCAAAGAAGAAGAAGAUAUAAUCAGGGCAUGCUACUCUGAAUCAACUGCUUGGAUCGAAUCUCCAAAGUUCGUGGAUAUGAUCCUACACGACUCUGUUUUCAUAAUAGAGUUCUUGUUAAGGAGUAAAGAGUACACCUUACUUGAGGACCAAGGAUCAGACAUCAAGAAAACAUGGGAUCCUAUAUUUGAGCAGCCUUGUCUUCAAACCACUGUAGAUGAAGACCUCAUUUUGCUCGAGAAUCAACUUCCUUACUUCAUCCUCGAGAAACUCUUCGAUCCAAUCGUUCCAAUACUCCGUCCAGACCAGACACUCCGCAAGUUAAUCAUCACUUACUUCAGAUUCCAAGGUAAUAUCAGAGAUGACUCUAGAUUCAAACAUUUCACUGAUCUAUUCCGAUGUGUCCGCGUGGAGACACUUAGGCCAAAGAAACCAAAGAAUAAAUUCAGAUAUUUAGCUGGUCUGUUCCGAUUUGUCCACUUGGGAACACAGGGGUCAUCAGGAGAAUUAGAAAAGAGUCGUCCUCAAGAACAUAAAGCUCUUCCCAUGGAGAAGACACAUGGGUCAGGAGAACCAACAAAGAGCAAAUUCAGAUAUAUAGCUGAUCUUUUCCGAUGUGUUCCCAUGGAGACACAAGGGUCAAAAAGACAAACAGAAAAGAGUCGUAGUCUUGAACGGCUCAAAACUCAUCGCAUGGGGGAGAGGUCACAUGGUCAUGGGUCAAAAAAACCAAAAGAUCCCCCGAUCAUCAAACACAUGUAUAACGCGGCAAAGCUAUACAGUGCAGGAGUGAAGUUCAAGGCUGUGACAGAUGAGUUCUCAAUAGAUGUGAGAUUCGAGAAUGGUUGUUUGAAGAUACCUUGUUUGUGGGUUCCUGAUGAUGCUGAGAUCACAUUGAGAAAUAUAAUGGCGCUAGAGCAAUGUCAUUACCCUUUCAAAGCCUACGUUUGUAACUUCGUCAGUUUCUUGGAUUUCCUCAUUGACACUGAUAAAGACGUCGACUUGCUCAUGGAGAACGGGAUACUAAACAACUGGGGGGAAAAGAGUUCGGUGGCGGUGGCGGAGAUGGUGAACACGCUCUUUUCGGGCGUCGUGGAGAGUCGUUCUUACUAUGCUGGUAUAGCGUCAAGAGUCAACGCCUAUUAUGAAAAUCCAGUCAACAGGACGCGCACCAUCCUGGGACGCCAGUAUUUCGGUAAUCUAUGGAGAGGUACGGCUACUGUCGCUGCUGGGCUUCUUUUGCUGAUGACUUUUGUCCAGACGGUGGCUUCGAUUAUUCAGAGGGAUAGUCAUCUUCUACCUCCUCUUUCUUCUCCAAUGGCUUUCUUAAAACUUCCUCUUUUGAGAGAGCCUUUAGGUUCUGAAGACAAGAUUGAAAUAAUGGACCGAAUGUUGGAUCUUGAAUUGGGCACGAUCCAGAAGUUGAACAAACAGGCUCCUGGGAUGUGGCUCUUUCCGAAAAAUCAGGAGCAUUAUUGUUGCAUCUAUAGAGUGCCUAACAGUAUACGUAGAGUAAAUCCAGAAGCAUAUACUCCUCAAUUACUGAUUCUUGGUCCUCUCCACCAUUCUUCAAAAUCUCAAGCUCUCAAGUCUCUUGGAGAUAUUACAGACACAAAGUCAAUGGGCUACUUAAACAUGGAGGAGCAUAAGAAGAUUUACCUUGCCGAAUUCGCACGAAGAGUUGAAGGGGAAAAGACUAUCGAUGGAUUCAGAAGAAUAGUCGAAGAAGAUGAAGAGAUGAUCAGGGCAAGCUACUCGGAAUCAACGGCCUGGAUUGAAUCUGCAAUAUUUGUGGACAUGAUCCUACAUGACUCUGUUUUUGUACUAGAGUUCAUUUUGAGGAGUUCCUACGAAGGUUGGGAGAAAACAGGGGAUCCUCUCAUGGACGAGCCUUGUCUUGAAAACACAGUCAAAGAAGAUCUCAUCUUGCUCGAGAACCAACUUCCUUACUUCAUUCUCGAGAAACUCUUCGAUCCAAUAGUCCCUACACUCAUCCCUAACCAAACAUUCCGUGAAUUAGUCAUCACACACUUUGAUUUCCAAGGUAAAAUCAGAGACAACUCAAAGUUCAGACAUUUCACUGAUCUGGUUAGGCUUGUCCGUGUGGAGACACUUCCACGGCUUGCUCGAGGGAAAUGCAAUCCCAUUGAACAUAUGUAUAACGCGGAUAAGCUAGACAGUGGAGGAGUCAAUUUUGAGGCGGUAAAUGAAGAGUUCUCGUUGUACGUUAGAUUCGAGAAUGGUUGUUUAAAGAUGCCUUGUCUUAGGGUUGAUGACGAAGUAGAGAUGAAACUCAGAAACGUAAUGGCUUUUGAGCAAUGUCAUUACCCUUUCAACGCCCAUGUAUGUAAUUAUGUUAUCUUCUUGGAUUACCUCAUUGACACUCAUAAAGAUGUUGACUUGCUUGUCGAGAAAGGGAUAAUAAAGAAUUGGAUCGGGCAACACGGUUUGGUGGCAGAGAUGGUGAACAAGCUCGGUUUGGGCAUCCUGGAGGUUGGUUCUUACUAUUCUGAUAUAGCAGUUGAAGUCAACACGCACUAUUCAAAUCCAGUUAAUAGAUCUCGCGCCGUCCUCAAGCGAGUGUACUUUGGUAACAUGUGGACAGGGACGGCCACUGUCGCAGCCACACUUCUAUUGUUGAUGACUCUCACCCAGACGGUGGCUUCAAUCAUUCAGGUUUUGCAGAAGUGAGAAUGUUUUCAUUUCUAGAGGAGGUAGUCUUGUAAAUAGUCUUGCAGAUUAAAAACUAGUCUAAUGUCUUGUAAAUCUAUCUUGUAUGAUAUCCCAAAAUCAAAUUUUGAUUAAAAA